AAGAGCUAACUCAAGAUUACUGAACCAAGAUAGCAGAGUUGGCUGCAAAGCAAUUAUUUUGUGAUUAAAUACUGCAUCUUUUAGACCCGGAGGAACCAUGGAGACGCCGCUAGCCAAAGCGACGCAAAAAAGGCAAGUGACUACCAUUAUUAUUCUAUUACUAUUGUGGGAGGUGCGUGGUGCAGUCAUUAAGUAUUCCAUUCUAGAAGAGAGACACAGCGGCUCAUUUGUGGCCAACCUAGCAAAAGAUCUGGGGUUGGGCUUAGGAGAGCUGGCCUCGCGGGGCGCCCGGAUUCUUUCCAAAGGGAAUAAACAGCAUUUGCAGGUCGAGCACAAGAGUGGGAAUUUGCUCCUAAAAGAAAAACUGGACCGGGAAGAGUUGUGCGGUGAAAUGGAUCCAUGUAUACUGCAUUUCCAGGUGUUACUGAAAAACCCGGUGCAGUUUAUUCAAGGUGAAUUACAGCUCCAAGACGUAAAUGACCAUGCCCCUGAGUUCCUGGAAAAUGAAAUCCUCCUGAAAAUCUCAGAAAGUAGCCAUACAGGGACCGCAUUUCCUUUGAAAAUAGCUCAAGAUUUAGAUGUGGGCCGUAACACAGUUCAGAACUACACAAUUAGCACCAACUUCCAUUUCCACCUUUUCACUCGAAAUCGCAGCGACGGCAGGAAAUACCCAGAGCUGGUGCUGGACAAAGAGCUGGACCGUGAGGAGCAGCCAGAGCUCAGGUUAACCCUCACGGCGCUGGAUGGCGGGUCACCGCCAAAGACUGGGACUUCCCAGGUUCACAUCAUGGUCCUGGACAUAAAUGACAACGCCCCUGAAUUUGCUCGGCAGCUCUACGAGGUGCAGGUCCCAGAGAACAGCCCUAUAGGCUCCCUUGUCAUCACUGUCUCUGCCAGAGAUUUGGAUGCUGGGACCCACGGAGAGCUCUCCUACUCAUUUUUCCAAUCCUCAAAUCAAGUCAUUCAGGCCUUUGAAAUCAACACAGUCACGGGGGAUAUUCGAUUAAAAAAAAUGCUGGAUUUUGAGGAAAUUCGAUCUUACCGUAUGGAAAUUGAGGCCUCAGACGGCGGGGGUCUCUCAGGAAAAUGCACUGUAGCCAUAGAAGUGACGGAUAUAAACGACAACGCCCCUGAAUUGACCAUGUCAUUACUCAUGAAUGAUAUCCCAGAAAACACCCCUGACACUGUGGUCGCUAUUUUCGGAAUUUCAGAUCCAGACGCCGGGGACAAUGGCAAAAUGAAGUGUUAUAUCCAAGACCAUCUCCCCUUCCUUCUGAAAAUUACUGUAGAAAAUUUCUACACUUUGGUAACAGAAGGAGCGCUAGACCGAGAGAGUAAAGCCCAAUAUAAUAUCACCAUCACCGUCACAGAUAUGGGGACACCGAGACUGAAAACCGAGCACAACAUAACCGUGCUGGUGUCCGACGUCAACGACAACGCCCCCGCCUUCACCCAGACCUCCUACACCCUGUCCGUCCGCGAGAACAACAGCCCCGCCCUGCACAUCGGCAGCGUCCGCGCCACAGACAGAGACGCGGGCGCCAACGCCCAGGUCACCUACUCGCUGCUGCCGCCCCUCGACGCGCACGUGCCCCUGGCCUCCCUGGUGUCCAUCAACCCGGACAACGGCCACCUGUUCGCCCUGAGGUCCCUGGACUACGAGGCCCUGCGGGCGUUCGAGUUCCGCGUGGGCGCCGCCGACCGCGGCUCGCCCGCGCUCAGCAGCCAGGCGCUGGUGCGCGUGCUCGUGACGGACGACAACGACAACGCGCCCUUCGUGCUGUACCCGCUGCAGAACGCCUCGGCGCCCUGCACCGAGCUGGUGCCCAAGGCGGCCGAGGCGGGCUACCUGGUGACCAAGGUGGUGGCGGUGGACGGCGACUCGGGCCAGAACGCCUGGCUGUCGUACCAGCUGCUCAAGGCCACGGAGCCCGGGCUGUUCGGCGUGUGGGCGCACAACGGCGAGGUGCGCACGGCCCGGCUGCUGAGCGAGCGCGACGCGGCCAAGCACAGGCUGGUGGUGCUGGUCAAGGACAACGGCGAGCCGCCGCUGUCGGCCAGCGUCACGCUGCACGUGCUGCUGGUGGACGGCUUCUCGCAGCCCUACCUGCCGGCCCCGGAAGCGGAAGCGGCGGACGCGGCUCCGGCCGCCGCGCUCACCGUCUACCUGGUGGUCGCCUUGGCGUCGGUGUCGUCGCUCUUCCUCUUCUCGGUGCUGGUGUUCGUCGCGGUGCGGCUGUGCAGGAGGGGCGGGGCGGCCUCGGUGGGUCGCUGCUCGGUGCCCGAGGGCCCCUUUCCGGGACACCUGGUGGACGUCAGCGGCACGGGGACCCUGUCCCAGAGCUACCAGUAUGAGGUGUGUCUGACUGGGGGCUCUGGGAGCAGGGAGUUCAAGUGUCUGAAACCUCUUGUCACCAAUAUCAUGGGUGAAGGGGCUGGUACGGACACCGAGGAAAACUCGAACUUUAGAAACCAUUUUGGGUUCAACUGAGAAUCUCACUUGACAAGACGUGAUAAAUGAUCAUAUUCACUAAUGUAUUAAUUUCCAACCCUUUCAUUCACAUAGAGCUUACA